AUGGACAGUAUUAUUCAAGGACAAUCUCGCGGAGCACAGGUUGGCCAAAAAGUUAUCCUUCCAGCUUCGUUUAUUGGGGGUCCAAGAGAUAUGAAAAAACGAUAUGUGGAUGCAAUGGCUCUUGUACAAAAAUUUGACCGACCAGAUAUAUUUAUUACAAUGACUUGUAACCCUGCUUGGUCAGAAAUAAAAGAAACAAUGUUACGUACAGAUGAAGCUCAUAACCGACCAGAUCUUCUAUCAAGAGUAUUCCAUGCAAAGGUGAACAUUUUAAAGGAAGAUUUAUUUAAAAAACAUAUAUUUGGAGAGGUCGCAACAUAUACUUAUGUUGUGGAAUUCCAGAAACGCGGACUGCCGCACAUUCAUAUGCUUAUUAUCCUGCAACCGAGAUCAAAAUUCUAUUCCACAGAUUCGUAUGAUCGAAUUGUGGCUGUUGAAAUACCAGAUGAACACGAAAAUAAACAUCUGUUCAAUAUGGUUCGAAAACACAUGAUGCACGGUCCAUGUGGAACAAAAAAUCCAAAGAAUGUCUGUAUGCGAGGCUCAUUUAUGAGAAGAUGCAGAAAUAGUUAUCCAAAGAAAUGGGCCAGCAGAACAACUCAUGGAAACAACACUUAUCCAACUUAUAGAAGAAGAAACUAUGGCAAGAAAAUUAUUGUUCGUGGACAAGAGCUGGACAACAGGUGGGUAGUCCCCUACAACCCUUAUUUACUUGCAAAAUUUAAUUGCCACAUUAAUGUUGAAAUAUGCUCUACUGUUAAAGCUGUUAAAUACAUCUUUAAAUAUAUCUACAAAGGACAUGAUAAGAUACAUUUCCAAGUUAACAAUGAUAGUGAACCAACAGCUAAUAACCAACAAACUCAGAUUGAUGAAAUCACAGAAUACCAAUCUGCUAGAUGGGUAUGUCCAUUUGAAGCUAUAUGGCGUAUUUAUAGAUUCUCAUUAUCUGAAAUGUAUCCUGCAGUUAUUCAUCUUCAGCUACACCUUGAGAACUUUCAAUGCAUGACUUUUAAUGAAAAUGAAGACUUACGAGAUCUUUUGCAAAAUUCUUUCAGGAAAAGAACGAUGCUAACGAAAUUUUUCCAUAUGAAUGCUACUGAUCCAUUAGCUAAACAUCUCAAAUGUACAUACAAAGAAUUUCCAGAGUAUUUUGUAUGGUAUCCUGGAAAAAAGUAUUGGGCAGUUAGACAACAAAAAGAUAGUAUUGGUAGAAUAGUUAGUGCCAGUCCAACAGAGGGUGAACGUUACUUUCUUAGACUGUUUCUCACUCAUGUCAAAGCACCAACAUCUUUUGAUGACUUAAAGACAAUAAAUGGAGUUCAUGUUGGUACAUAUCGAUAG